AACCCAAAACCACAAUGAUUCACGCAACCGAAGAAGAACCAGCCCCAACCGAAUCGAACCAGUUCGAUCCUCCGCCGCCACCUCCAUCUCCUCGAACCUCGCCGCCAAAGGUCGCCGCUUGAACGCCGCCGCGGCCCAUCCCGGCUCCGUCUUCCCAAUUCGCAGGAGCUCUCCCCUCCCCUCUUCGCGAUUCGACGUUGCUUCGAGGGCAGGAGCAGAAAGAAGAAAAGAUGGGCGAUUCCGGCGACGCCAGGAAGGUCCGGAACAUCUGCAUCCUCGCCCACGUCGACCACGGCAAGACCACCCUCGCCGACCACCUGAUCGCGUCCUGCGGCGGCGGCCUGCUCCACCCGAAGCUCGCAGGUAAGCUCCGGUUCAUGGAUUUUCUAGACGAGGAGCAGAGGCGUGCCAUCACGAUGAAGAGCUCCUCGAUUGCUCUCACCUAUAGGGACUACUCGGUCAAUCUCAUCGACUCCCCCGGCCACAUGGACUUCUGCAGCGAGGUGUCCACCGCCGCCCGGUUGAGCGAUGGGGCGCUGGUGCUGGUGGACGCCGUGGAGGGCGUCCACAUCCAAACCCACGCCGUGCUGCGCCAGGCUUGGAUCGAGAAGCUCACUCCUUGCUUGGUGCUCAACAAGAUCGAUAGGUUGAUCUGUGAGCUGAAGCUGAGCCCCAUGGAGGCUUACAAUAGGUUGUUGAGGAUAGUCCAUGAGGUUAAUGGGAUCGUGAGCACUUAUAAGUCGGAGAAGUACUUGUCGGACGUGGACUCGAUGCUCGCGGUUUCCGCGGGCGGCGUGGUCGAUGACGAUAAUCUGCAGUUGAUUGAGGACGAUGAGGAAGAUACCUUUCAACCCCAGAAAGGGAAUGUGGCGUUCGUGUGUGCAUUAGAUGGGUGGGGCUUUAGUAUUAAUGAGUUUGCUGAGUUUUAUGCUUCGAAGCUCGGAGCCAGUGUGGCCACACUGCAGAAAGCACUUUGGGGUCCGAGGUACUACAAUAACAAAACGAAGAUGAUAGUGGGCAAGAAGGCAUUAGGUGGAGGAAGCAAUAAGGCUAAACCCAUGUUUGUCCAGUUUGUGCUGGAGCCACUUUGGAAGGUUUACCAGGCAGCUCUAGAACCUGAUGGGGAGAAGGAGAUGCUUGAGAAGCUCAUCAAAUCGUUUAAUUUAUCCAUACCCCCUCGUGAGCUCCGGAAUAAGGACCCUAAAGUAAUGCUGCAAGCUAUAAUGAGCCGCUGGCUUCCUCUUUCCGAUGCAAUUUUAUCCAUGGUUGUUAGGUUUAUGCCGGAUCCAAUUGCUGCGCAAUCAUUUCGUGUCUCACGAUUGCUUCCUAAGAGAGAAGUUCUAGAUAGUGGAGUUGACUCAGACGUUCUUGCAGAGGCAGAACUUGUUAGAAGAUCUGUUGAGAAUUGUGAUGGUAGCUCCGACGCACCAUGUGUUGCAUUUGUAUCCAAGAUGUUUGCUAUCCCAAUGAAAAUGCUACCUCUAAGAGGUCCACAGGGGGAAGUGCUGAACAAUGCAAAUGAUGAAGGCCCAGGUGGAGAAUCAGAUGAGUGCUUUCUUGCGUUUGCUAGGAUUUUUAGCGGGGUUCUUUCUUCAGGGCAGAGAGUUUUUGUGCUUUCGGCUUUGUAUGAUCCCCUCAAGGGAGAAUCGAAGCAAAAGCAUGUGCAGGUAGCUGAGUUGCAUUCAUUGUACUUGAUGAUGGGUCAAGGCUUAAAGCCCGUUUCUUGUGCAAAGGCAGGGAAUAUUGUAGCCAUCCGCGGCCUUGGUCAGCAUAUAUUGAAAAGUGCGACCCUUUCAUCCACUAUGAACUGUUGGCCCUUCUCAAGCAUGGCUUUCCAAGUUGCUCCAACCCUCCGAGUGGCAAUUGAGCCAUCUGACCCAGCAGAUAUGGGUUCGCUUAUGAGAGGAUUGAGGCUUCUGAAUCGAGCAGACCCAUUUGUAGAAGUCAGUGUUUCUGGUAGAGGUGAACAUGUGCUGUCUGCUGCUGGAGAGGUUCAUCUAGAGAGGUGCAUAAAGGAUUUGAAGGAGAGGUUUGCUAAGGUAAGAUUAGAAGUCUCACCGCCCCUCGUUUCCUAUAAAGAGACUAUUGAGGGUGAUCAAUCCAAUCCACUAGAAAACCUGAAGUCAUUAUCUAAGAGCUCAGAUUAUGUUGAGAAGACUACUCCGAAUGGAAGGUGUGAUAUUCGAGUGCAAGUCAUGAAACUGCCGCCUGCGCUAACUAAGGUGCUUGACGAAAGUGCUGACCUCCUUGGGGAUGUUAUAGGUGGUAAGCAAGGAUGGAGCAGUAAAAUAGUGGAAACACAGCAACCAGGAACGAAGGAAAAGGAAAAUCCAACUGAAGUACUUAAGAAACGUAUAAUAGAUGCGAUAGAUAGUGACAUCAACUCAGCGGCUGAGAACGACAAGGAUCGUGCUGAUAAAUGUAGAGCAAAGUGGCUUAAGCUCCUUAGGAGGAUUUGGUCACUUGGGCCUAGGCAUGUUGGUCCAAAUAUACUCUUCACUCCAGACUUCAAGAGAACGAUUUCUGAUAAAUCUGUUCUCAUUCGAGGGUCGGCCUAUGUAUCUGAGAAAUUAGGCUUUCUGGAUACUCCUGAUUGUGAUAAUAUAGCUGCAGAGCAAUUUGUAGAAUCUAAUCAAGAAUUGUACGAUGAAGCAAAGAGUCUUGAGAGUGGUAUCGUAUCUGGUUUUCAACUGGCUACGUCAUCUGGCCCCUUGUGUGAUGAACCAAUGUGGGGCUUAGCUUUUGUUGUUGAGGCCUAUAUUUCUCCUUUGGCGGGCAAAUCUGGUGAACCUGAAAAUAAUCAGCAGCCUGAGCAGCACGCCAUCUUCACUGGGCAAGUUAUGGCGGCAGUCAAAGAUGCCUGUAGAGCAGCAGUUCUCCGAAAUAAACCCCGACUUGUUGAAGCCCUGUAUUUCUGUGAGUUAAACACUCCAACCGAAAACUUGGGAUCAAUGUAUGCUGUUUUGGGUAGGAGAAGGGCUCAUGUUCUGAAGGAGGAAAUGCAGGAAGGGUCACCGUUGUUCACAGUCAACGCAUAUGUUCCAGUUGCUGAAAGUUUUGGCUUUGCAGAUGAGCUAAGGAGAUGGACAGGUGGAGCUGCUAGUGCUCUGCUAGUACUUAGUCACUGGGAAGCGCUUCCUGAGGAUCCUUUCUUUGUGCCCAAAACUGAAGAGGAAAUUGAGGAGUUUGGAGAUGGUUCUAGUGUACUUCAGAAUACAGCAAGAAAGCUGAUUGAUGCCGUGAGGCGGCGAAAAGGCCUUCCUGUGGAGGAAAAGGUUGUUCAGCAUGCAACAAAGCAGAGGACCCUGGCUCGGAAAGUGUAGACAUUUGCAAACAAACAUGUUGUGAUAUUAGCUAAUAGAAAUAUAUUUUUGGAGCUCUACAUUUCACCACUAAUUGAGUUGGAAAUGCGAGCGAGUAGGAAAUGUUUCAUUGUCCCCUCUUAAUUUACGAUGUAGAGGUUCAACUAGAUACAUACGCUAAUCAAAAAAGCUUUUUGAGUUGGAUGUUCUUCCACAUAAAUCGCUAGCAUCAGUUAAGACUCGGUGAUCGAAGCAUAGUGUCAAGUGAAUUGUAAAAGGGCUAACGUAACUAUUGUUGAUUGCAUCAUUCAAAACAUCAAGCGAUGUGUUUGGUCGAGUAGUGAUAUAAGAUGACACUCCUUGUUAUACACGACUAUGGUAAAAGAAGGAUUUUAUCAGCAGAACCCAUUGAGCGACUAGAGAGACAGGUUGGCAUGAUCCUGCAGCAAGUAUAUGAAGUCAUUUGGUUUGAGUAAAUUUGAGGCAGUCGUUGUUGGACAUUGUUACCAUGCUCAAUCUUCAUCUGCAGGCAAAUGAUUUAUAAUUUUUCUUCAGCUGAUACAUAGAAGUGAAUGCAUAGCAAAUUGAACGGUUUCUUAAUCUUUCUUUGCGAGUAGAUUAUGCUUUCCUUGGUGAUUCCAGACAGAGAUAUGUCAGCAGAUUGAUGAACAAAUUACUUGAAGAAGGUUAUGACAUGCACAAACAUUUGCUCCCAUUAUGGCACUAUCAUUUCUUGGACAGAUCAGAUUGGCAGAUCUUGUUAUAAUCUCUCUUCAGCAUAAUGUACUUCUGAGAAUUUAGACAUCAAUGGACUUUUUUCUACUAUUAGAAGUGUACAAAGUCCGUUUCUCUUGUUCAAUCUCUUGGUUUUAUAUUGACUGCAGAAAUAGUUUUCUACAGGCAUAGAGCAAAGGGUUUUAGAUGUUCAGGAGCUUCUUGAGCUGUCCGUUUAGAGGUCUUCAUGUAAAGGUGACCCUAACAAGGAUUGCUUGUUUGUUUUAUGCCAAAGGGAAUGGCAGAUUGCCUUAGCAACUACAAUUAGCAUCUGUUGGUCUUGUUUUUUCAGCAUUCCUCUGCCGCUGUAAGUGUGCUUUUCUGUGCCCCAUCUGGAUACAGCAAAGUUCCUCUGUGAAACUUGACUGAUCUUGAAUAAGUAGCUGUCACAGGGUUCAUUCUUUUAA